CGACGCGUUGCACAGCAAAGUAUCUUGUGAAGAUUCUGUGGCUUUGAAGAUGAGCGGCGCACCUGCUGGGUACGCUGCGGGAACGGAGUGUGGAAAGUGUGGCUGCGACAAGGGCGGCAAGGAGGUGGAAGAUCUUGUCCCCGAUGUCAAGUUCGAGUACCAGCCCAUGUUCCAGCAUGCCACCCCCGUGGACGUGCCGUACAAGAAAGUGGAUUCGCUGAGCGCUGGUGUGGCAGUGGAGGAGGUGAAGGUCAAAGGAGCAACCAAGAAACUCAUCACUGUGGAGCCCUGGGUCCUCAGAGAAUUGUCGAAGCAUUGCAUCACAGAGAUCAGCCAUUUUCUGCGACCCGGUCAUUUGGCACAGCUUUCGAAGAUCUUGAGCGACCCAGAGGCAUCCGAAAAUGACCGCUUCACCGCUCUCAACCUCCUCCAGAACGCUGUGAAGGCAAGUGGAGGUCAGCUUCCUGGAUGCCAGGACACCGGCACUGCUAUUGUGAUGGGAAAGCGCGGAAUGUCAGUAAUGACAGAGGGCGAUGACGAAGCACAGCUGUCGCAUGGCGUGUACGACGCGUACACACAGAGGAACUUGAGAUACUCGCAAAUGGCGCCGGUGAACAUGUUUGCUGAAAAGAACACAAAGUGCAACUUGCCUGCCCAGAUUGACCUCCUGGCAACAUCCGAGUCCAAGUACGAGUUCCUUUUCAUGGCAAAGGGUGGCGGCUCGGCCAACAAGACCUAUUUGUACCAGCAAACAAAAGCACUUCUGAAUCCAAAGAAGUUGGAAGCCUUCAUCAAAGAGAAGCUGCAGACUUUGGGCACCAGCGCUUGCCCGCCCUACCAUGUGGCCCUGGUCAUUGGAGGAACGUCUGCUGAGACCUGCCUGAAGACUGUGAAGCUCGCAAGUGCAAGGUACUAUGAUGACCUUCCCACGUCAGGAAGCGACAGUGGCAGGGCGUUCCGUGACCUCGAGUGGGAGGAGAAGGUGCUGAAGAUUUGCCAAGACCUUGGUGUCGGCGCUCAGUUCGGCGGCAAGUACUUCGCACAUGAUGCACGCGUUGUACGACUUCCUAGGCACGGAGCUUCGUGCCCUGUUGGUUUGGGCGUCUCUUGCAGCGCUGAUCGGCAGAUCCUGGCCAAGAUCACAGCUGAUGGAGUCUUUGUUGAGCAGCUGGAGCACGACCCUGCCAAAUAUUUGCCAUCUGGCCCGCUCGACAGUGUGUCUGAACAGGUGGUCUCCAUCAACUUGAAGCAGCCAAUGAAGGAUAUUUUGGCCACGCUCACAAAGUAUCCCAUCAAGACUCGUGUCUCACUGACAGGCCCCCUUAUUGUGGCGCGGGACAUUGCUCACGCCAAGAUCAGUGAGCGCUUUGAGCAGACGGGAGUUCUUCCUGACUACGUCAAGGAUCACCCGAUCUACUAUGCUGGACCGGCCAAGACGCCAGCUGGUUAUGCGUCGGGCUCUUUCGGGCCGACGACAGCAGGCCGGAUGGACACCUACGUGCCAAUGUGGCAGCCCCAUGGGGGCUCUUUGGUGACACUUGCCAAAGGGAACCGAUCCAAGCAGGUGACAGAUGCCUGCAAGGAGUACGGGGGGUUCUAUCUUGGCAGCGUCGGCGGUGCUGCCGCGGUCCUUGCAGAAGAUUGCAUCAAGAAGGUCGAGGUCUUGGAAUUCCCGGAGCUUGGCAUGGAAGCCGUCUGGAAGAUCGACGUGGAGAAUUUCCCCGCGUUCAUCCUGGUUGAUGACAAGGGCAAUGACUUCUUUGCCAGCUGGAACAUGUGAAUGGCGAGGGGAGACACCUGAGAGCGGUUGUUGGCCUGGCUACGUUUGAAGUUUGUGUUUGCACCUCAUUUUCCUUCGUGCUGUACAGUGCUGCGGUUUAGCAGUUUCACUUCCUUCUGCUCGUCAGGCUGGUCUUGGAGUUCAUGUAACUCCAACUGCGUAGUCACACGACAGUCGCCCGAAACUUUUUCAGCAUUUUCCGGAGCUGCGAGCUCAUUGUAGCUACUUUUCCCGGCAUUUUGUACCCAUUAUAGAAGUUCUUUCUGCAGCAUGGCAAAUGUGCAGUCAGCCAGGCCGUGCUGUAGCUUUGCUUG